UUUGUCUCCAAUCAUAUAGGAGGAUAAGAUAAAUAAGAACCACCACACAACAUCUGCUAAAACCCCUUCCCUUCCCUUCAUGCAAAAUCAUCUACCACCCUCCCAAUCCUGAAACAUCAACAGGAAGCAUGGGCAGUCUCCAACUUAACUCCUAUGGUUUAGCCCCUUUCCAAGUUCCCACCAACAAAAGCCUUAAACCCUCAAGACAUACAAUUAGUUUUAGCCCCUCUAGACUUAAAAUCCGCGCCGUCAGCACUGUCCCGGAGAGUUCAUCCGAGGCCAAGGAGCCAGAAGAACCACCUUGUGUCCAUCUUGCAUUUGUUCAUUCUGUGUUGCUCCCAGAUGGAACCCCCGAUGUGCAUUUUCGCAAUGCUCCUGGGGGCCAGAAACUUAGGGAUAUAAUGAUGGACACAAAUAUUGAGCUUUAUGGACCAUAUUCUCGAGCCUUGCUAAAUUGUGGGGGAGGAGGUACCUGCGCAACAUGCAUGGUGGAGGUUAUAGAGGGGAAAGAGCUGCUUAGUCCUCGUACGGACAAUGAGAAGGAGAAACUCAAGAAGAAACCGAAAAAUUGGAGGCUUGCUUGUCAAACCACAGUUGGUAAUCCAGAUUCUAGAGGACUGGUUGUCAUCCAACAAUUGCCAGAAUGGAAAGCUCAUGAAUGGAAUUAUGAAAAACUAUUGUUUUCUGAAAUGUUGUCGGAAAUUCAAUCUGAUUAAAGGAAAGGAAAACCUCAAUUUAGUAUUCUAA